GCUGCAUCCGCUGGGCCAAGAUGGCGGCGCUGAGCAAAUCCAUCCCCCACAACUGCUACGAGGUGGGGCACACCUGGCACCCCCACUGCGGCCGGGCCUUCGUGCACAUCACCCAGGGGGCGCUGGGGGAGUCGCUCCGCAUCUACGGGACCCUUUACCUGAUUGCUGCAAUUCUCCGGAAGCGAAAACUUGAUUAUUAUUUGCACAAACUGCUCCCUGAAAUCUUGCAAUCAACAUCCUUUCUAACAGCAAAUGGAAGUCUAUAUAUUGCAUUUUUCUGCAUUUUAAGGAGGAUCCUCGGAAAAUUCUAUUUUUGGACUCCUGGUUUUGGUGCUGCUUUACCAGCUUCUUAUGUGGCUAUUCUUAUUGAAAGAAAAAGCAGGAGAGGGCUGCUUACAAUUUACAUGGCUAAUUUGGCCACAGAAACACUAUUUCGCAUGGGAGUGUCAAGAGGAACAAUUACUCCUUUAAGACAUGGCGAGGUCCUUUUGUUCUGCAUUACAGCUGCCCUGUUUAUGUUCUUUUUCAGAUGCAAAGACGGCUUGAAAGGAUUUACAUUCUCAGCACUAAAAUUCAUUGUAGGAAAAGAAGAAAUACCUACACAUUCAUUUGCACCAGAAACAGUGUUUCUAAAAAGAGAGAGAAAGAUAAAAUACUGUGAAGAAAUAACGCAGCGAAUGAACAUAAUGGCUGUAACAAAGAAACUUGUGGACAAAGUAUGCAAACAUGGGCCAAGACACAGAUGUUGUAAGCACUAUGAAGAUAAUUGCAUCUCAUAUUGCAUUAAAGGCUUCAUUAGGAUGUUUAGCGUCGGUUACUUGAUCCAGUGUUGCCUUCGAAUCCCAUCAGCAUUCCGGCAUCUGUUUACAAAACCUUCCCGGCUGCUCUCGCUCUUCUACAACAAAGAAAAUUUCCAGCUUGGGGCUUUUCUGGGGUCAUUUGUCAGUAUAUACAAAGGUACGAGCUGUUUCCUGCGCUGGGUACGGAACCUGGAUGAUGAACUUCAUGCACUUAUUGCAGGGUCCUUGGCAGGGAUGUCAAUGAUGUUUUACAAAAGUACUACUAUCUCUAUGUACCUGGCUUCCAAACUUGUGGAGGCCAUGUAUUUCAAAGGCAUUGAAGCUGGAAAGGUCCCCUAUUUCCCUCAUGCAGACAGUAUCAUCUAUGCUGUAUCCACAGCCAUCUGCUUCCAGGCAGCUGUGAUGGAAGUUCAGAACCUGAGACCUUCAUACUGGAAAUUCCUAUUACGGCUAACAAAAGGAAGGUUUGCUGUCAUGAAUAGGAAAGUCUUGGAUGUAUUUGGUACUGAAGCAUCUAUGCACUUCAAGGAUUUCAUACCUAAACUUGACCCAAGAUAUACAAUUGCACCACCAGAGAUACCCCUUGAGCAAUCAUGGAAAUGAUGUGUUAGUCGGUGAUUAAGUCUGACCAACAUCUGUUCUGAAGAGUUAAUUAAUUGAACAGUCAAAUAGACCGAAGAGGGCUUGUGUUCCACUUCAGUAUCGUUUCAGUGAGUUAAAUUGUCUUACCAAUCAAAACAUACUGAAGCACUAUAGAGAGGUGUGGCUUUAAUUGCUCCACUCCAUUAUUAGAAAGUGUCUCUGGAUCACUGUGGCUGGUCGACACAACCUGGUAGGUUUCUGACAGAAUUAUAUAUCAAUGGAUUAAUAUAUCAAAAAGAUUAAAACAAAAAAGUACCUGAAUGUACUUAAAAUAAAAAAAUAACAUUUUCAAGACAAUUCAUUUUAAUUCAUUCCAGUAGAUAACUUUAAAAAAGAUAUUUUUGCAUUUAGAAAAUAACAGGUACAUCGAAUAUAUAUAUUAUAGGUCCAAAGUUACUAUAAAUUUUAUUUUAAAAGUCAGAUUCUAGUUGGAAAAAUGUUCUCUCAGAUUUUUUUUUUUUUUAAAAAAAUAUGUCACUGGAAAAUGUUUAAAGAGCCAAUAUCUGGUAACCUAUUUAUGACUGCACUGUUUAUAUCCAGCUUUGGCUUUAAAACCUGCCUUCCAAGAGCGACAACUCUUCUCCUAAAUCCAGUUGCUCACCUGCAAUCCUGCUGAGAGAAGAGAAAACACUGACAUUUAGACCUGGGUAACAUUGGUCUUGAGAUACUUGAAUGGGUAGUUAAGAAAGGCAAGACUACCACAAGAUGGAAUGUAGUAUUUUUUCAGAUUUUGAAGUGUCUCACAAAUACUGGAUGAUUCUACGAGCAAAAAUCAAAAACGUACAUGCAAAGACUUGAGAAAAGGAAUAUGCCCUUGAAUAUGGAAUUGAUUUUAUUUUGUAUGCCUCCAUACACUCUCAGAAAUUCAGUGGCCUUCAAAAAGAAUCAAAGCCCCAAUGUUUAACGGGUGAAGCAAAACUGAUUGAUUUGUUAAGAACAUUGACGCUGUUUACUUCUAUAGUUUUUGUCCUUUUUUAAAGUGUAGCAGGUACAAAACAGCCAUAUAUACAGAUGAGAGUGGGAAGUUUAGUGCAAGCUGGUCAUUGCUCAAAAGCCAUUUUCCUCUGUUCCUGCCAUGUCCCCAUAAGACCUUGAUGAUCUAAUUCCACUUUGACGAUCAACUCAGUACAGCUGAGUAUGAAUUGUGGUGAAGGACUCCAAAGUGUUUGAACAAAAAGAAAUAAUGAUUUUUACUUGGAUUCAUCCAAUAUGCCAAACACUGAAAUGUCUGUGUAGGACAACAUCAGAAAGAUCGGAUAUGUUAUUGAGUUUCUUGUCUAAUUGCUGUAAGUUAUUUUUUUCCGUGAGUGUGAGUGUAUACAAACACACACACACAAAUAUAAAAUUAUCUAGCAAAAUAAUUUCAUGUAGCAAUCGAGUUUUAUUCAAAGAACAACAGUAGUUUUUUAUUUAUACUUUUAGUUAGACCUGCUUAAAAUGUCAGAAGGGAUGAGAGAGAUUUUCAAUUCCUCAUUUGUUUUUUGAUCUUCUUCUAGCUGGAUGUUAAGAGAAAAAAGGUAGAAAAAGAUGUUGCUGGGCAUGAUAAAAUGUCUGCCGUUAGCCAGGAACAGCUUUUUCACACUCAACUCCACCCCUUUCUUUCUUUUUUAACUUAAUAUCCAUCCUGAAGGAAUGUUCUGGUGAAUUCAAAACACUUGCUCGCUACUUUGUGGCUUUUUAGUUGGUCCUAAUAAAGUAUUGCGCUACUGUUGCUGUUUGAAUUUUUUUUUUAUAGUGGGGUAACAUAACUCCUGUGUUUAUUGUCUUCUCUGGAGAAUGACGUUCGGUGUAAGUCUUUCAGGAGAGUACUGAUCAUGCUCGUAAAAUGCGGUGUGCUUUUUCUUCGUCCCUUCAUGUCAUAGAUUUUAUAUCAGGUUUGCCAAACCGUUUUGAAUCUGUAGCUGGGUAAGAAGUAUGUCUUAUCCAUUUGUCAUGAACGCAGCACUAAUACGAAAACUGCUGCCGCCAAUUGGUUAUUAGAAGUCUGUUUGAGCGAUAGCUAGAUGUGCUGGCAGAGGACGCCUGUUAUUGGUGAAUCACCUGGUCGAGAUAUCAGCGGCUGAAAACAUGUUUGCCAGAGGUCACGAAGAAAGUGCAUGGCAGGGGUGGUAGGCUUUGUACACAGGGAUCUGUCCCACCCCUAUGUCAUGUGCAUGCCUACGCCCGGCGAAGCUUGGUAAAACUGUUGUGGCAAGUCUGACCCUGGCACCCAAAGUAAAAGCCCACUAAGAAGGGAGAGCCCUCUAGGGUGGUGGUGGUAAGUGUACCUCAUUUCCCUCUUCAUCUGACUGUCCUGCGCAAUUCCAUGAAUGGAAAAGCUCUUGUAAGUUCAAGAAGGUCACUUGUGGUGCUUAGAAGCAGUUGGCUACCAUCGGCGAUGCAUACACAGGCCGCUUUUGGCUGCAGACAUGGCCCUAUUUCUCUCCCCCCAGAAUAUAAAGCAGAUCAAGCUCUCGCGUGGGGAGCUGACGCCUGCUCCUAGUGUGAGCAACCUCAAUGCUUCGGCUAUUGGGCGGUAUAGAAAUGCAAUAAAUAAAUAAAUAAAUAAAUAAAUGCUGGCCCUGCUGUGAUUGGUGCAUUGCAGUGAAUGGCCAUGCCGCCAGAAGCCUCUGCAUCCUGCCCUUCAUAUGAGGGCCCCCCAAGAUCGUGGCUAUUGGUACUAAGAGCUGAGUGUUUGUCCCCUUUCUCUUAAUCAUUCAGGGUAACAUGGGAGGACCAUCAAGAGAGGGAGUCACAGGGUAGAAAGAGGUGGAAUGGAAGACUUGAGUGAGGAGCAUUCCAGUUGACUGGAGCUGAGGAGGGAGAGAUUUAUGGGACCUCAGCAGCCCACCUAUGCCCAGAAUCCUUGAAUGCCUCCAAUUAUCCUGAGCCUCAGGUAGAGCUAACCUGGGAAAGAGAACUGAAAAGGGACGGCUGCUCAAUAUUUGGGUUUGGAGUUGCAUGGAAGCUAAGAGUGACUUCUUUGCGUGAGUAUCUCUGUCAGACCUUUGGAUCAUUCUCUAGCUCAGCCUCCCCUGGCCUCAGUGCCCUCCAGGUGCUUUGAACUACAACCAUCACCAUCCCAUAUUGGCUGAGGCUGAUGGGAGGUGUAGUCCAAAACAUCUGGAGGGUGCCAGAUUGGGGAAGGAUGAUCAUUCUAGAAGGUGUCUUCUGUGUUCUCUGUUUUGUUUGUUUGGGAAAUUGCAAUUAAAGGAGUGAGUAUUUUGGCUUACUCACUGAAGACCUGUUUAUUAUAUAUCUAAUUCAGCUGAGAUCUUGUUAUAAUUUUUGUUAACACCUAAGCUUAUUACACUUAUUGCACCAUGCCACCCAAAGUAGUCAAACCACUGAGCCACCUAUG